UUUGGUGUUUAUAUAAUAAAUAUAAGUAAUCUAUUGUUACUCAAAUGCAUACGAUCUGCGUAUUGACCUUUGGUGUGGGAUGUUAGCACAACAAACCAACCAGACCUCUACAACUAAUCGAGGUCAUCGAGGGUCUGGUACACCUUCACAAAAGAAGGACGAACGUCAACAUUCAGGCAAACAAAAUAAUAUGCAACAAGAUGCAUCACGUUCAUCACGUGAAGGGAAUACACUUUUGGUUGGUCCAAAUUUUCGAGUUGGGAAGAAGAUUGGCUGUGGGAAUUUCGGAGAACUUCGACUAGGUCGUAAUCUAUAUACCAAUGAAUAUGUUGCGAUCAAAUUGGAACCAAUGAAAACUCGUGCCCCUCAACUUCAUUUAGAAUAUCGAUUUUAUCGUAUACUACUUAGUGGUGGUGUAGUCGGUUUCCCUAUGGUGUAUUAUUUUGGACCUGUAGGUCGUCAUAAUGCACUUGUUAUGGAGUUACUUGGACCAUCAUUAGAAGAUUUAUUCGAAUCAUGUAAACGUCAAUUCUCUUUAAAAACUGUUCUAAUGAUUGCUAUUCAAUUGCUUCGACGUAUUGAAUAUGUACAUUCAAAGCAUUUAAUUUAUCGUGAUGUAAAACCGGAGAAUUUUCUUAUUGGACGUCAAUAUUAUAAUCGACAUCGUACUAUAUAUAUUAUUGAUUUUGGUUUAGCUAAGGAGUAUAUUGAUCCAGAUACUCAAAAACACAUUCCAUAUCGUGAACAUAAAAGUCUUACUGGUACUGCACGCUAUAUGAGUAUUAAUACACAUUUAGGCAAAGAACAAUCACGACGUGAUGAUUUAGAAGCUUUAGGUCAUAUGUUUCUAUAUUUCCUACGUGGUAGUUUACCAUGGCAAGGUUUAAAAGCUGAAAAUUUACGUGAACGUUAUCAAAAGAUUGGUGAUACGAAAAGAGCAACACCUAUUGAUGUCCUAUGUCAUGGUUAUCCUGAAAUGGCUACCUAUCUACGAUAUGUUCGUAGUUUAGAUUUUUUUGAAGAACCGAAUUAUGAAUAUCUUCGUUGGGGUUUUACUGAUCUAAUGCAGAGAAAAGGUUGGGAGUGUGAUUGGGAAUUCGAUUGGUGCAGUCGACCGUUACCUGGAUCUAAGCCUUCAGUAUCCUCGCAUACAUCUGGUGGUCAAGCAACCAAUCAACCACUGACAAAUAUUCCUGCUGGAAAUACCACUUGUCUAAAUAAUGGAGUCCAAAACACUUCAGGUCUUACUUCUCCUACACAUCAUCCAGUUAAUGGUAAUCAACCAACAUCUAGUACAAAUAAUGAUCACAAUAAUUUGGGUUUGACUGGUUCCCCAUUAUUGGGUCCCGGCACAUCACAUUGGCCAACUGCUGGACAACCAAACACUGUCCCAGGUUAUAUUAACGAAGAUAAUGGUGCCUCUCCAAAUGAAUUACGUUACAAGGUUGAUGAGUAUUUGCCAACCUAUUUCGGUCAGCAAACUACAAAUCAUACAGCUAUGCAUACCGGUCUCCUUAACACUAAUAAAAAUACUUCUCCUCCUAAUGAAGGUGUAAUAGAUGAUAUUGGACCGGUUGGUACAAUAUCCACUACUAAUCCUAAUGCAUUACCUUAUGGUGUAUCCGGUACAAAUACUGUCGGUGGUGGUGGUGUUGGUGGGGGUACACAUGUUCGAAAUAUAACUGGAUUAUACAGUGGAGGUGGAGAAGAAAGUAUAGGUCGAGAUAUUGAUAAUUUAGGCCUAGGAGUUGGUAUGACCACAGAAGGAGCAGGUGACAAUACAGUUGGUGUUGAACAAGAAGAUGUUCAAAGUCAGUCUGGAUGUUGUGGAUGUCUAGGACGUCGUUCAAAGUCUCGUCGACUUCGAUCUCAGUUUAUUUAA